UAGACGAACGCUUCGUGAGUGGAUUACAGUGCGAACUCUUUCCACAAUUAAAGUGUUGUAGACUUUGGACAUUCAAAUGACGGUUUAAAACAAAGCGUUGCUAUGACGAUGCUUGCGAUGGCUCGGGGUUCCGACGAGAGGAGAGAAGAAGACGUAGAGGCUGAAGGAGAAGCUAAUGGAGAGGUGGAUGUAGUAGGAGUUGAAGAAGCAGCGCCUGUAGAUUUAACUCGUCGUUUAGGGUUGACGCGACCGCCUGAAAGGUCGGCAAUAGCGUUUUCUGUGGAGAAUAUCUUGGACCCGACGAAGUUCACUGGGCGGUCGGAAGUCCCGCUGAGGUACGACGAGACUUAUUGGAGGCCGCACUAUGAUAGGGAAGAUUGUGAUUCAGUUAAAGACCACCUACACAGUUCAGAUCUUGAUGGCGAUGACGUAGAAACAGAUGACCAGACAUCAAACAUAGAUGACGAUAUCCUAACUCAGUCAGACCUCGACGAGAACGGCGAUCCAAAAAGCCCUACAAGCUCCAGUUCCAAGAAAGGAAAAUCAUCCAGGGAUUCCAAAGGUGGGACAAAGCCGAGGAGAGCAAGGACUGCCUUUACGUAUGAACAGUUGGUCUCCUUGGAGAAUAAGUUCAAAACGACCAGAUAUUUAUCAGUUUGUGAGCGACUGAAUCUUGCCUUGAGCCUUAGCUUAACAGAAACACAGGUCAAAAUAUGGUUUCAAAAUCGUCGCACGAAAUGGAAAAAGCAGAAUCCUGGUAUGGAUGUGAAUAGUCCAACCGUGCCGCCGCCGUCAGGAGGAUUCCCUUCAGGGCCAUAUCCUGGAGGUCUCUUAUACUCCCACGGAGUGCCCUAUCCCUUCACCGGCCCAGGGCCCUACGCACCGUACUUCCACCAUCUAACAGCAAACCAUCACCACUCCCAUGGAUCUCUGGGGCACUCCCACACGUGAUUGUGGCAACGGCCUGGGUCUCAAGACCCGAGGGUCGACAAUGAAAGUGAAAAUGGACUUUAAUUUUUUGCUUAAAGACGCACAGACAUACAGACAGUUGACAGGGUUAUUAUUUUAAAUAUAUCCAAAUUUUUUGUCACUUUUCUUGAGUGUAAAUUACGCUAAUAGUUGUCUUCAAUCAAUUCGCCACGUGUUUCACCUGUACAGGAGGCAUCCUCAAGAGCUGUUGACUCGCCAAAUUCUGGUACGAUACUUUGGAAGACGUUAGGGUCAAAAUAUGUAAAAAUACCAUUAAGAACAUUAAUAAUGAAAUAUAUGUUUUUUCUUUAUGUUUUUUCAUCAUCAUUCGUUUUCUGUAUGUUUGUGCGUAUUAUUUUAGUGCAAUUUUACUAUUUAGAUUUAAAUAAAUUGUGAUAUAUACCAAUAAAUAACAUUAAGGUAUAUUUAAGUAUUGUAUGUUUAUUUGGAAUAUUAUUAUUAAAAUAUAAUUAUUGAUCAUGCGUACAGUUGAGCUAAAGUUUUGAUAUAGGUAUGAUAUUUUCAAUUUUAAUUUUGAAUAUAAUUAAAAUUU